AUGGUCGCCUCUACGCCUCCAAGGGGCAUCUUCGUGCCUGUUCCCACCUUCUUCGCACCCACCACCGCCUCCAGCACCCAUGACAUUGCGACCCCGCCUCUCGCCAUCGCCACGCAGAGCGAACACGCUGUAUACCUUGCGAAAUCCGGAAUCAAAGGGCUAGUGUUGCUGGGUUCGACGGGUGAAGCCGUGCACAUCACGGCGGCGGAGCGUAAGGCGAUGAUCUCUGGCGUGCGUGCCGCCCUCGACUCUGCCGGCUUCCCCAAUUACCCGCUCAUGGCGGGCACGGCGGCCAAUGGGAUUGAGGAGACAGCCGAGAUGCUCCGCGAGUCGGAUGCCGCUGGCGCGCAGUGGGGCCUGGUCCUCGCGCCAGGGUACUUUGCGUCUGCGGUGACGCAAGAGGGCGUCGUGCGCUGGUUCAAGGCCGUUGCGGAUCGCAGCCCUAUCCCUGUACUGGUAUACCACUACCCCGGCGUGUCGAACAACAUCGCCCUCCCGCCCUCGACGCUCGAGAAGCUGGCCGAGCAUCCCAAUAUCGUCGGUUGCAAGCUCUCGCACGGCAACCUCGACGACCUCGCCCUCAUCGCGCUGUCGCCCCGCGCCAAAGAUUUCGUCGUCUACACUGGGUUGGGACAAAUGCUGCUGCCGGCGGUGACGAUCGGUGCUGCUGGCGCCAUCGACGGUCUUGCGGCCUUUUUCCCCAAGACCGUCGUUCGCAUCUUCAACACGUUUGAGGAUGGCACUGGUGCCGAGGGCGCGAAGCUGGCCGAGUUGCGCCGUCUGCAGUACUUGGUUGCGGCAGGUGAGAAGAUGGUCGCGAAAUGGGGUGUUGUUGGUGUUAAGGAGGGGGUGAGACGGCUGAGGGGGAUCGGGGCAGUGGAUGGAGAAGCGGUGGUGGCGCGCGCGCCGUUGGGCGGUGGGUUUGGGUUAGAUGAGGCGGAGUGGGCGAAGUGGGCGAGGGCGAUGGCGGCGUUGGAGGAGGUCGAGCAGAAGUUGUAG